CGACUACUCACCAGAAGAACCAGCUUAAGCAUGAAAGCACCCUCUCAUCAAAUCAAGUCUCAACGACCAGUAGCUCUUCCUUUAAUCCCAAGACACAUUUUCAUCAUAUAUCUGCCUUCCCAUCUUGUUUUAAUCCAUUCUCUGGGCGUUCUUCAAUUACCAGCUUCAAAGAAUCGUUCAUGGCGAGCCUCCUGCAGCCAUCAGAGACUCGAAGAAAGAAGAUAGCAGGUGGGCAGCAAAAGAGAGAGGUACUUGAAAAAGAGGUUGCCAUGCUUCAGAAUAUACUGAAUCAGGAAGAGAAGACGCGCCACGUUUUGGAGCAAGUACAGCAUGGCCAUGACGGUUCUGCCAUCACCAUCCCAACUUCUCUUCCUCCUAAGGCAAAGGAGCUGUUGGCAGAGUUAGCUAUGGUGGAGGGUGAGAUUGCUAGACUUGAAAGCCAAAUAAGCCAACUUAGGCUUGGAUUGAAACAUGAACAGGAAGCCACUAAGCAAACCAAAUCAAGAGUGCAAUGGCAACCUGCAACUCCAAGCAACAACAUUCAUGGGAUUUCAUCAUCAAAUACAAUGACAAAUUCAAACCCCAUAAACAAUGCAGCUGGGCAUGAAAAGUUGGCAUUUGAGACAAGGGCAUUGUAUUUCAUUAGUAAGGCUAUAAAUGGUGAUUUUAGCAGUAACCAGGAUUUCACACUGGCUGAGAAGAGGAGAAACUCAAGAUUAUUUACUGAUCAGAAAGAGAAUCAUGUACAAAUACAACAUGAAGAGCCUAAAUUUCAAGACAGAAUCCCCAAGAAAAGUGGGAUUCUCAAGUCAUCUUCACCAUUUAGAGAUCCAAGACACCCAACACCAAAGCCGAGAGAACGUAAUUCGGAGAUUUCAUUGGAUCCCUUACCAAAAUCAUUAUCAAAUGCAAUACUAUCAGAGGAGAACAUCCAGCAGUGGCAACCCAACAAGUUAUCUGAGGACAUCAUCAAGUGUUUGAACUUCAUAUACAUUAGGCUACUUAGAACAUCAAGAGCAAUGGAGCUCGAGAAAUCGGGUCCCAUUUCGAGGUCCAUGAACUCUCCUUCAAUCUCCAGAAGCUUCAGAGCUGAAACCAACUUGAAGUCCAGCCUUGUGUUGCAGAAGGAAGCUAAGCAGCAGGAUCCUUAUGGUAUCUUCAAUUCAGAUGAGUCUAUUCCAAGAGACAUUGGUCCUUAUAAGAAUCUGGUUAUCUUCACAUCAAGCUCUAUGGACCCUAAAUACAUUUCCAGCUCUGGUUCUCUUCCUUUGCUCAGAAAAUUAAGGGACUUAAUGAGCAAUCUUCAGACGGCGGACUUAAGAUUCUUGACUAAUCAACAGAAAUUAGCAUUCUGGAUCAACAUCUACAAUGCCUGUAUUAUGCAUGGAUUUAUCCAAUAUGGGGUGCCUUCAACACCAGAAAAGCUGCAGAAUUUGAUGAACAAGGCAACACUCAACAUAGGAGGCAACACCAUUAAUGCUCAAGCCAUAGAGCAUUUUAUAUUGAGAAAACCAGCACCUUCAAGCAAAAAAGAGAAGACAGAAAAGGAUGAUCAUAAGGAAGCCAUUAUUCGUAAGCUUUACGGGCUCGAAUCAAUGAAUCCAAAUGUCGCAUUUGCUCUCUGCUGUGGAACUCGCUCCUCUCCUGCUGUUAGGGUGUACACAGCAGAGGGAGUAGUGGGAGAUUUGGAGAGGUCAAAAUUAGAGUACUUGCAAGCCUCGAUAGCUGUGACAAACACAAGAAGGAUUGCAUUUCCAGAGCUUCUGUUGAGACACAAGCUUGAUUUUGCAGUGGACAUGGAGUCAUUAGUGGACUGGGUUUGUCAGCAGUUACCUACAUCUGGGUCACUCAGAAAAUCAAUGGUGGAUUGCUUCAGGGGGGCCAACAGUAGUAAGCUAUCGAGCCCAAUUGAGAAAAUACCCUAUGACUCUGAGUUUCAGUAUCUUCUAGCAAUAUGACAUGAACACAUCUUCUAUUGAACAGAGGGAGACCACUAGGAAUUGAAAGGAAAAUUGCUACAUUGCUAUAUUACAGAAAAUUGUAUUUAUUAAUUUGGUGAUUUUGGCUUUCAUUUUCUUGGUUUUCUGUUAUUGGAAUAUCUGAAUCGGAGUGGAGAAUUUUGUAAUCGUUUGUGAAUUUGAAAGUGCAAUACAUAAGGAAUCACUGCUUAAUCAAUUUGUUUUGCAUUCCAGUUGUGAAUUUGAAACCUUAAUCUUUUCAU